AGAGAGAGAGAGAGAGAGAGAGCGCGCGUAGUCCGAGUCUCCUCGCGCUAGAGCUAUACGGUGAAGUGCGUGCUAGCGCGCGUGUCUGUACGUGUAUGUGCGCGUGUGUGUGCGGAUGGGAGCAAGCGCGAGACCGCCGCCUUCUUCAGCUUAGACUGGCUUUUACUGCUGCUGCUGCUGCUGCUGUUGGGAUAUUUAUCUACUGACGCGUCCUCUUCUGCUCUUCUUCACCCGCCUCAUCUUCCUCGUGCACAGGGGGAUCCGGAGUGAAUCCUCGCGCUGUGGCUCGUGCUCGGGUUUGUGCGGAUUGACAGCGCGCCGUUUCUUGCAUUUUUCCGUUUUUACUACCCGGGAACUUACGAGGCACGCCGCGAGCGAGCGCGAGAGCCGAGGAGGGAGCGAGAGAGAGAGCCGCAGCACAGGUCCAUAAUGUGUCCGAACUCAAGAGAAGCCUAAACACUGAUUGGCUGUGAGCAACCGACUGAGACUACUACUUCUUCCCCGUAGUAUCAAGAGGACAAUGGCUUCCCACGACAGAAAACUGAACUGUCUAAUAGUUUUUUGCUGCUUCUCCAUCCUGCUGCUCCCCCUGUCCGCCUCCAGGCCGCAGCAGCCUUCUGCUGCAUCCAAAGUGGACGAGGACUACAGGACAUUUCGUGCAGAGAACCCAGAAUGGACCUUUAACCACUUAGCGGUGGACCACCGAAAUGGGAAUGUGUAUCUUGGCGCGGUGAACCGCAUUUACAAACUCUCACAAGGUCUGGAUGUGCAGGUCUCACACCAGACCGGGCCAGACGAGGACAACCGCAACUGUUACCCACCGCGUAUCGUCCAGCCCUGCAGCGAGCCGCUUUCGCUCACCAACAACGUCAACAAGAUGUUGUUGAUGGACUACAGAGAGAACCGACUGUUGGCCUGCGGAAGCCUCUAUCAGGGCAUCUGCAAGCUGCUACGCCUGGAUGACCUCUUCAAGCUUGGGGAACCUUUUCACAAGAAAGAGCACUACCUCUCAGGAGUUAAUGAGAGUGGGUCGGUCUUUGGUGUCAUCGUGUCGUAUGGGGACUCCUCACCCGACAAGCUGUUCGUGGCUACGGCGGUAGACGGGAGGCCAGAGUACUUCCCGACCAUCUCUAGCCGUAAGCUGGCCCGCAACUCCGAGGAGGACGGCAUGUUUGCGUAUGUCUUCCAUGACGAGUUUGUGGCCUCCAUGAUCAAGAUCCCAUCAGACACCUUCACAGUUGUGCCGGACUUCGAUAUCUACUACGUCUACGGCUUUGGAAGCGGCAACUUCGUGUACUUUCUCACACUGCAGCCGGAAAUGGGCGGCGGCCCAGCUGCGGGCUCGUCCUCGGCCGGUCGAGAACAGGUGUACACCUCCAAGCUGGUGCGCCUCUGCAAGGAUGAUACAGCGUUCAACUCCUACGUGGAGGUUCCUCUAGGCUGCGUGAAGGGUGGAGUGGAGUAUCGCCUCCUGCAGGCUGCCUACCUGUCCAAAGCAGGAUCCAUCCUGGCUCAAACCCUGAAGGUGGGGCCGGAUGACGACGUUCUCUAUGCCGUGUUCUCCAAAGGCCAGAAGCGACGUCCCAAGGAAACGUCUCAGGAGUCGGCCUUGUGCGUGUUCUCCUUGAAGGAGAUCAACGAGAGAAUUAAGGACAGGCUGCAGUCCUGUUACAAAGGCGAGGGAACAUUGGAUCUGGCUUGGCUCAAAGUGAAGGAUAUUCCCUGCAGCAGUGCGCUCCUGACUAUUGAUGACAACUUCUGUGGCUUGGAUAUGAACGCCCCUCUAGGGGUAUCUGAGAUGGUGCGUGGAAUUCCUCUGUUCUCUGAGUCCAACGAUAAAAUGACCUCUGUCAUUGCCUAUGUCUACAAGAACCACUCUCUGGCCUUUGUGGGAACCAAGGGUGGGCGGCUGAAGAAGAUUCGAGUGGACGGGACGCCCCACGGAGCUCUGCAGUACGAGACGGUGCAGGUGGUGGAGAGCGGGCCCAUCCUGCGGGACAUGGCCUUCUCCGCUGAUCAGCACUUCCUGUACGUGAUGUCGGAGACCCAGCUCACGCGUGUUCCGGUGGAGGCUUGUGAGCAGUACUCGUCAUGCAAUGAGUGUCUGGGCUCCGGGGACCCUCACUGCGGAUGGUGUGUGCUGCACAGCAUGUGCACCAGAAAAGAAAAGUGUGAGCGGUCGUCCGAGCCACGCCGCUUCGCCUCCAACAUCAAGCAGUGUGUGAGGCUGAGCGUCCACCCCAGCAACAUCUCUGUGUCCCAGUACAGCGUCACGCUCGUCCUGGAGGCUCACAAUGUUCCAGAACUCUCUGCCGGUGUGAACUGCACAUUUGAGGACCUGGCUGAGAUGGAUGGGCUGGUGGAGGGGAACCGCAUCACCUGCAGCUCCCCAGCCGAGAAGGAGGUGCCACGCAUCGUCGUAGACCAAGGUGACCACCAGAUUGUUCAGCUCUACCUCAAGUCUAAAGAGACGGGCCUGGCUUUCGCCAACACGAGCUUUGUGUUCUACAACUGUAGUGUCCAUAAAUCGUGUCUUUCCUGUGUUGGAAGCCCAUACCAAUGCCACUGGUGCAAAUACCGCCACACCUGCACCCACGACCCCCGCAGCUGCUCCUUCCAGGAGGGCAGGGUCAAGCAGCCUGAGGAAUGUCCUCAGCUGCUGCCUGCUGAUCGGAUCCUGGUACCGGUGAACGUGGUGAAGCCCAUCACCCUGCGGGCCAAGAACCUCCCCCAGCCUCAGUCCGGCCAGCGCGGGUACGAGUGUGUGCUCACCAUCCAGGGGGUGGAGCAGAGAGUCCCUGCCCUCCGCUUUAACAGCUCCAGCGUCCAGUGCCAGAACACAUCAUACUCGUAUGAUGGGAUGGAAAUGAGCAGCCUCCCUGUGGACCUGACGGUCAUCUGGAACGGAGACUUUAGCAUCGACAAUCCAACCCAAAACAAAGUGCACCUGUAUAAAUGCGACGCCAGAAGGGAGAGCUGUGGCCUGUGUCUGAAAGCGGACCCUCUGUUCGGCUGUGUUUGGUGCAAAGCUGAAAAGAGGUGUACGCUCAAGCAGCACUGUCCCCACCCGCAGAGCAUGUGGCUGGAGCACAACGGCAUCAACAGCAAGUGCACACACCCCAGGAUCACCAAGAUCACCCCCAUGCGAGGGCCACGAGAGGGGGGCACUCUGGUGACAAUCCGGGGGGAGAACCUGGGCCUGGAGUUCCAUGAGAUCCAGGGCAGCGUGAAGGUGGCGGAGGUGGAGUGUACGCCCGUCGCAGAGGGAUAUAUACCUGCAGAACAGAUCGUGUGUGAAAUGGGUAAAGCGGAGAAGAGCCAAUACGCCGGAAACGUUCAAGUGUGUGUCGGAGAGUGUCAGCCUGAGUUCAUGGCCAAGACAUCAAAGUACUACUACUUUGUGGUCCCCAAAUUGAUGGCCCUGAAGCCCAAUCGAGGACCGGUGUCUGGGGGCACAAUCGUCAACAUCACAGGCAGCAACCUGGAUGCUGGAAGCAACGUGUCCAUCAUGUUCAAGGACCAGAAGUGUACCUAUCACAGGAGAGGGGGUCAGUGGAUCACGUGCCAUUCUCACACAUCCACGCAAGGCUACGGUAACGUGACGGUGUCUGUGUUCGUGGACAAGGCCCACAUCCAGAAGGACCUCAGGUUUGAGUACGUGGAGGACCCCACCAUCAUCAAACUGGAGCCGGAGUGGAGCAUUUUCAGUGGGAACACGCCAGUGACAGUGACUGGUACCAACCUGGACAUCAUUCAGAAUCCACAAAUCAGAGCCAAGUACAACAACCAGGAGACGACCAACGCCUGCCAGGUGCUGAGCCCCACCACCAUGCUGUGCCAGGCCCCGGCGCUGCCCGGCAGCCUGAACAGGGAGGAGGUGGUGGAGAAACCGGACGAGUUCGGCUUCAUCCUGGAUAACGUGCAGGCCGUGCUCGCCCUCAAGAACAUCAACUUCCUCUACUACCCCAACCCAGCGUUCGAGCCCCUCAGUCCCUCCGGCGUUCAGGAGCUCAAGCCUGGAUCUCCUAUUAUCCUCAAGGGCAGGAACUUCCUCCCCCCCACACCUGGCGGCAACGGAAAGCUGAACUACACUGUCCUGAUAGGAGAAAAGCCCUGUACGCUAACCGUAUCCGACACCCAGCUGCUGUGUGAAUCACCCACUCUAACUGGACGCCACAAGGUUCUGGCCCGUGUGGGUGGGAUCGAGUUUUCUCCAGGUGUGGUCCACAUCACCUCUGAUAGUCCCCUCAGCAGCACGGCCAUCAUCAGCAUUGCAGGCGCGGGAGGCCUCCUCAUCCUCUUCAUCGUUAUCGUCCUGAUCGCCUACAAGCGCAAGUCCCGCGAGAGCGACCUGACUCUCAAACGCCUGCAGAUGCAGAUGGACAACCUGGAGUCCAGAGUGGCUCUGGAGUGUAAAGAAGCCUUCGCGGAGCUGCAGACCGAUAUUAACGAGCUGACCAGUGACCUAGAUGGAGCCGGCAUCCCUUUCCUGGACUACAGAACCUACACCAUGCGCGUGCUCUUCCCCGGGAUCGAGGAGCAUCCUGUGCUCAGAGACCUGGAGGUACCAGGCUACAGACAGGAGCAAGUGGAGAAAGGUCUGAAGCUUUUCGGCCAGCUGAUCAACAACAAAGUGUUCCUGCUGUCCUUCAUCCGGACUCUGGAGUCUCAGCGAGGCUUUUCCAUGAGGGACCGCGGCAACGUGGCCUCUCUCAUCAUGACCGUUCUGCAGAGCAAGCUGGAGUACGCCACCGACGUGCUCAAACACCUGCUUUCUGACCUCAUAGACAAGAACCUGGAGAGCAAGAACCACCCCAAACUGCUGCUCAGGAGGACGGAGUCUGUGGCGGAGAAAAUGCUGACGAAUUGGUUCACGUUUCUGCUGUACAAGUUCCUAAAGGAAUGCGCAGGCGAGCCUCUGUUCUCCCUCUUCUGUGCCAUCAAACAGCAGAUGGAGAAAGGCCCCAUUGACUCCAUCACCGGAGAAGCACGCUACUCUCUCAGUGAGGACAAGCUCAUCAGACAGCAGAUCGACUACAAGACGCUGGUGGUAAACUGCAUACACCCAGAAAAUGAGAAGAGCCCAGAAAUCCAGGUGAAGGUGCUGAACUGUGACACCAUCAACCAGGUGAAGGAGAAGAUCCUAGACGCCAUCUACAAGAACGUUCCUUACUCCCAUCGCCAGAAAGCCUCAGACAUGGACCUGGAGUGGCGUCAGGGAAGAGGGGUUCGAAUCAUCCUACAAGAUGAAGACAUGACCACAAAGAUCGAGAGUGAUUGGAAGAGGCUCAAUAUGCUGUCCCAUUACCAGGUGCCUGACAACGCAGUGGUGGCUCUCGUACCGAAGCAGGUCACUGCCUACAACUCUGUCAACAACUCCACAGUCUCCAGAGCAUCUGCUAGCAAAUACGAAAACAUGAUCAAAUACACAGGCAGCCCGGACAGCCUCCGCUCCCGCACACCCAUGAUCACGCCCGACUUGGAAAGCGGGGUCAAAGUGUGGCAUUUGGUGAAGAACCACGAACACGGAGACCAGAAGGAGGGCGACCGCGGCUCCAAGAUGGUCUCUGAGAUCUACCUGACCAGGCUGCUGGCCACCAAGGGCACGCUGCAGAAGUUUGUAGAUGACCUGUUUGAGACCAUCUUCAGCACGGCGCACAGAGGAAGUGCCCUCCCCCUCGCCAUCAAGUACAUGUUCGAUUUUCUGGACGAGCAGGCUGAUAAGCACAGCAUCCACGACCCACACGUCCGACACACGUGGAAGAGCAACUGCCUACCUCUGAGGUUUUGGGUGAACGUGAUCAAGAACCCUCAGUUCGUGUUCGACAUUCACAAGAGCAGCAUCACGGAUGCGUGUUUGUCCGUGGUGGCGCAGACCUUCAUGGACUCCUGCUCUACAUCCGAGCACCGGCUGGGCAAGGACUCGCCCUCCAACAAGCUGCUGUAUGCCAAGGACAUACCCAGCUACAAGAGCUGGGUGGAGAGAUACUACUCAGACAUCAAUAAGAUGCCUGCCAUCAGCGACCAGGAUAUGAACGCUUACCUGGCCGAGCAGUCCCGUAUGCAUAUGAACGAGUUCAACACCAUGAGCUCCCUCAGUGAGAUCUACUCCUACGUGGGAAAAUAUGCAGAGGAGAUUGUGUGUGCGCUGGAGCAGGAUGACGCUGCCAGGAAACAGAGACUGGCCUUCAAGCUGGAACAGGUGGUCGCCUUCAUGAGCCUGGAGAGCUGAGGACCACGUCUCCCAGAGCGCACUGGGAGAUCCGUCAGAAACCGAGCCGUGCCUGAGCGAAUACCUGUCCAUCUAUCUCAUCUCUUCUUCUUAUUGUUUUUUUUUUUUGUUCAUUUUUCCGCAAACCCACUUCUUUGUACCUUCCUUGAAAAUCCAACCAACCUAUCAACCAAUCAACCCACCGAGAACCCACAUCGCAUUAGCUCUGCUUCCUAGAUGAGUAGAGAAGGAGCCAUGGAGCUGGAGACUACUACUACAUUACCCAUGAUGCAAUGGGAAGGAAGGGGAUUGGCUCCUGGCCCCCUUAGGAGGAGAGGUGGUCGCCUGCAAAACUCCACCUCCGCCUCAGCGGCGUCCUCUGUCCUUCCCUUCGAAAAGGAAUAAAAGCGGAACAAAAAAAAAUAAAAACGAACUGUUACAUUUAUGUUGCCUUCAAAAAUAUAGCUGUUAAGCAAAGUGUUUCAGACCACAAUGUUGGGUGUUUUGAUUUCGUUCAGACUUUCUGACUAAGGUAGUGUAUGAUGCUACUGUAGAGUCCAGUCAAUUGUAGUACCAAAACACAGAGAAAACGGUAUCUGUCGGUACUGCCAGACUAGCGGGACUGCAGACCAAUGGGUCACGAUGAAAAAUAAAACAAAAACUGAAAAAAAAAAUUAAAAAAAAUAAACUUGAAUCCCGAGAAGAUUGUGUAGAGUUUACAAGACAGAUGUCUGUCUAUAUGUUCUACAUAUCUUGAGAGUGCUUAAAAGAAAAAACAGUCACAAAAGAAGAAAGAACACUGCAAAUGUCUCUCUCUGCUGUCGUUUAAACAAAGAAAGAAAGGAGGAAGGGAUUGAGGGAGGGAUGUGUGUUUAAACCACUAGGGUUCAUCGUACGAGGAGGGGCGGCACUUUUGGCCUCCCCUGACUCGACUGGAUCCUGACUGACUGUGAAACUUUUGAGUGUAUCUUUGUGGCGUUUCUGCUGUUCUCCCGAGAGAGAGCAUCCUAGCAUUCGUCCAGCUUUAGCACAUUACGGAAAUUACGGAACUGAACCCUGUCUUAUCAAGAAGAAGAAGAAGAAGAAGCAGAAAAGAAAAGAAAUGAAAAGCCAAGGUUUGAUCGAAACUGACACACAACACAAGCACAUGUACAAACAAAAAAACAAACAAACAGAACCUCAAGCAAGCAAAGACCCUCCUCCUCUUAGCCUCGCUCUUCACAAAGCCAGGCCAUGUCUGGGGGCUUUCUUUGGGCUUUCUAAAUGAGAGAGUGAGUGAGUGAGUGAGUGAUUGAGUGAGUAAAGAAAGAAGGAUGGAGGUCAUUCUUCUACUCUAUUCUACUCUAUUCUUAGUUUAACAAAAAGAUAAAAAUAAAAAAGCACACAUUCUCUAGCUGCCUCAGAUUGCAGAUCCGUGGACUGGAGCUAGACGCUUAUUGAAGACUGGACUGUUGCUCUAAAAGACGGCAGGAUUAAAGCGUGUAAUGUAAAGUAAAGUAAAGUGUGUAUGAGAGAAAGAGAAAAAGAGAGAGAUAAAAGACAAGAGAGAGUGCAGAGAGAAUGCAGUCGUUCAGAGUCGUUCACUGCCACACUCACACAGAGAAAGAGAGAAAGAGAGAGAAAGAGAGAGUCCACACGAAACGCUCUGGAAACACUAGGAAGACUCGAAAGAUGAAACAUGAAGAACCAGAUAUAAAAAUUGGUCAGCAGAAAAAAAAAUAAACCAAAGGAUGAAAAACAGAACACAAGGUGGACAGGUGCGAAAGAGAGAUGCUGACGAGAAAACGAACAAAGCGCUUUUGGUACUCAACCUGGCAGUCCGCAGGGCGCGCAACCAAAGGUCUAUCUGCCGUCUGCAGAGUUUGAACCUCCGAACAGCAGAGUUUGAGCCUCUAGUCACCCAUGCUGGUGAGACUUGAUGAGAAGUUUUCUUUGCACACGAUGGAUCGAUAGAUCGAUGGACUGAUGAUGAGUUCUUGUAAGGAAACCCUGACCCCUGAGUGUAAGGGCUCGCUCCUGCUUAAGUGUACAGUCUGAUCGAGGCGAUCUCCUGGCUUGGCCCCUUUCCUGAAACACGUCCCAGCGCUUCUAGGUCCUUGUCAUGGUCGUGAUUGCCAUUGUUGCGUUGUUGCGCUGUUGCUUUGUUGCGUUGUUGUCUUUUGGGGCAGUCUUGAAGCCUUUAGGGUCCCCAGGCAACCAGCAACCAGCACCCGCAACCGAACAGCGCAGAGAGACGUAGACACGUAGAGACACCGUACACCCGUCGACUGUAACCUCGACAAAAAGGGACAGAGAGACCGCCAGGCUGCCCUCUUUGUCCAUUAACCUCUGACCUUUCUUUUGCCUUGACAGAGUGCUCCAAUGUGGUGAUUUGAAUGUGCAGAGACCAGUCGUGGUCCACUUGGGUACUUUUGGCUUUUUAAGCGCAUGUACUUCAAUUUAAACUUCGUAAAAAAUAAAAGAGGAAAAAAAAAAACGAAAAUAGAGAAAAACAAGCCUUGCUAAAUGAUGAUGUGGAUGUGUUCUUUUCUUUCUUUUGCUUGGAAGAACAAGACGGAGGGAAAAAAAUAAUAAUAAUAAAUAAUAAAUAAUAAUAAAUAGCUGCAACUUCUGUUAAGGUGGAACCUUUAUCCCGCUCACCUGCUCAACGGUCAUCCUCAUGUUUUGUGGAAGUGUUAUAAAUAAUAAUUAUGAUUAUGAUUACAAUAAGAUUUAAGAAUUAAACCAUCGAUACCGUAAGCAAAUAUAGUAUAUAUACCCUUGCAUGUUGACCUAUUUGGAUGUUAUGAAAUGGAACUGCCUUGCAAAGCUAUUUAUCUAACGCUACUAGGAAUUCUUAUUCUGAACAAUAAAGAGAAGGAGAAAAAAAAGAGAAAAGCAGACAAAAAAAACAAAAACUCUUCUUUUAGACCAUCACAGGAUAGUUAGUUGUUACAUCGGCAUCCAUCUCUCCCAUGCAGAGAAAUCUCCAU